AUGGCUGUGAAUGAACCAACAAUGCUGAAGGAGAAGGAGCGCAAUCAGCCAGGCAGCGAGUCCGAGAAUGAAAACCAAGAAGACGACACUGGGCCGCACGUCAGCAACGAGAGCACUGCGGAGGAGGAGCAGGAGCAGAGCCUACAGCCAGCACGGCCUACCAAACCGGCGACAAGGAAGCGCAAGCGUCCUGUCAAUGACCCCUGGGAGGAGGAAGACAGGCAGAACCAGAUGAUUGCACGGCAGCAGCGCCAGCAGCAACAGAUGCCCGCGCCCAUGCCCCAGCAGCAAAUGAUGGCUGCGCCGAAGGACGAAAAGAAGAACCCGCUGAAGCUGCGUCUUGACUUGAACUUGGACGUGGAGAUUGAACUGCGUGCCAAGAUCCACGGCGACGUCACCCUUGCCUUGCUGUAA